UGCUGGAGUAUGCAGGCGUAUAAAGGCAGAGCUGGGUCUUCCCCCAGGGAUCAGUCUGGGACAGCCCCGGCAGUUUUUGGCUGCCAUGUGGAAGAUCGUGCCAAGCAUGUCCAGCCCAUCCCGCUUCCGGCCAUGCAGCAGAACUUGAACUACAUGUACCCACAGAUCUUUUGGAUGGACGGCUGUACCAACGCAAGUACUUCCUGCCCCCCGGCACCUCCUGCCGCUCCUUUCCCACCACCAGUACCCGACCGGAGGAGAAAGCCAAGGAACAACAGGGAAAGGAGGAGCGUCGGCUUCCUGGUGACCUCCUUGCUGAUCCUGCUGGCCCUCACUGGAGUGGGGCUGAGCAUGUUUCAGAUUUUCCACCUGGAGAAGGAACUGGCUGAACUCAAGGAGUCUGCCAGCACCGAACACAUCCCUCCAGCUUUGGAGAAACUCAUAGGGCAGAAGGAGCAGUCAAUGAAAAAGGAAGCGAGUAAGGCAGCACACUUAACAGGAAACCCUACCCAGCGGGACCUCCCUUUGGAGUGGGAACCCGUCUCCGGCCAUGCCUUCACCAACGGCAUUCAGUAUCGCAAUCAGGGCCUUGUCAUCAAUGAGACCGGCCUGUACUUCGUGUACUCCAAUGUGCUCUUCCGGGGAAGCAUCUGCAGCAACCAGGUGUUGACCCACAUCGUCUACAAGAAAAACCCGGCCUCACCAGGCAGCCACGUACUGAUGGAGGACAAAGGCAUCAACUACUGUACAGGUCAGAAAACGUGGGCCCGGAAAAGCUACCUAGGGGCUUUAUUCAAGCUCAGGAAGAUGGACAGUUUGCACGUCAACGUCUCCAAGAUCGCUCUGGUUAAUUUUGAGGAAUCAAAGACAUUCUUUGGCUUAUUUAAGCUUUAAAUGGGGCUGUUGGAGCGUGGCCAGCAGCCCCACGCACACUAGGACGCGUGAGGGGUGAGUGCUGCCUAAGCAGCAGUGGCCAACCCAGGGUCUCGCACCAGGAAGCCCACCAAGAAACCACGUUUUGGCCUUCAUUGUGAGAGGGCUCAAGCAACUGGUAGAGGCUUGGAAGUGGACCUCUGGGAAGCACUGGGGCUGUACUGCAUCAACAUGAAGAGAAUCGCACAUUUUCCCCCUCUGAAAAAAACAACAAACUCAAAACGUAGUGUGCUGAAGACCGCAUUGAAACUCACUACUUGCUACCUGAGAAGAUGCUGGUGCUAGCAGCCCCACAUGGUGUCAUGACCCUGGUGAGCUUGGGACAGAAGGUGUGCAGGGACAGCCAGCAGGCAUCGAGGAGGCCCCUCAAGCCAGAGCUGCAGGCCCCUGGGCCGUGCCGUGCCACACCACAGGCAGUGUUGUGGGAAUAAGUAGUGCAAAGACCUCAACUGCCCACUCCAAGUCAUGGCUGGCCACCCUGCCCAGGCACUUGGCACCGUGACUGCUGUACAACAGGCACCUGCCUGCUAGCUGGCUCAUUAUGCAUAAUAUGCUCAUUUUGCGCUAAGUUAUCGACUCUUCCCAUCCUAGAAAACGUCCCCUAACCUCUUUAUUUAACUCAUCCUGACUGCCUUACAAGGAACGUGCCAGAAGCGAUGGUGCCCUGAAGGGGGUCCUGACCCUGGAGAGAAACCAUGACUGUGCCGUGGUGGUGGGACUGGUGGGGAGGGCACGUGCUCUGCUGACAGGACCUGAAGAACAUGGCGGUGGAGGACAGUGGGGCCUGAUAUGAAAGCAGCCUCUCCAACCCCCUUCCCACCCUUUUGACACAUCAGGGUCCCCCAUGGAGACUUGGUCCUGCCACCCCCUGCACAGUGUAGGUGGGGGUGUGCUGGCUGCCAUCAACAGCAUGAUUUUAGCUGGCUCCCUUGUCAUGGGAUAUUCUCUCCUGAGCAAAAUAGAUGGUAAAU